AUGGCUUCAUGUGAAGCGCCCACCGGGUCCCAAUUGCGCCUUCCAUGCGGCCUCGUCCUCAAGAAUAGGCUCGUAAAAUCAGCUAUUUCCGAGAAAGUGGCCAUCGACAACUUGCCAGGACCAAGCCAUCUCAAGAUAUAUCGGACAUGGGCAGAGGGCGGUUGGGCGGCUCUGAUCACUGGAAACAUAAGUGUUGACGAUACAUAUCUCAGCACCGUCAGUGACGUCGCGCUUUCUGCGUCAAACGUAGCCGUAACUUUGGAGAAGUGGAGCCACCCUGGACGACAAUCGCCCCUUGGAGCUGGAAAGAAAGGCUUCUUCACCAAGAACAUCGCACCCAGCGCCAUCCCGCUGAACUUGGGCAACAGCCUUGUUGCUCGCUGUGCAUGUGCCUUAGUUUUUGGCACACCACGUGCCAUGACUGAAAACUACAUUGACAGAGUUAUCGCUGCCUUUGUUUCUGCAGCAAACAUGGCAUUUCGUGCGGGGUUUCAGGGCGUCGAGGUCCAUGCAGGGCAUGGGUUCCUCCUUUCUCAAUUUCUAUCUUCCUCUUGGAAUGAGCGCGAGGAUCAAUUUGGAGGCUCACCUGAAAACCGGGCUGAAAUUGUUCUACGCGUCAUCAGGGCGAUCCGUGAUCGAGUACUCACCACGUUCUGCAUCGGAGUCAAGAUUAACACUGCAGGCGUCAGAGAUACUACACAGUAUAGCGAUAUGAUCCGCCAGAUAGAACUGAUUAAGGAGGAGAAGAUUGACUACAUCAAUCUCAGUGGAGGCAGCUUUGAGGACCCAAAGAUGCUUUUCCCAAGCCAGUCUAUCUCGCCGACGGCAACUUUCGGGAGCGCCACUCAAGAUGCCUUCUUCCUACAGGCAAGUCGCGACAUCAGUUCCAAGUUUCCAGACUUGACCCUGAUUCUCACCGGUGGCUUUCGUUCACAAGCAGCAAUCCACUCAGCGCUUGAUAGCGGAGCCUGCAGCAUGGUUGGAAUUGGGCGGCCAGCUAUCAAAUAUCCCGAUCUACCCAAGAGGGCGUUUUCAGAAGAGCCAACCCAGGUAAACUUUGAUGUGGAGGCUGUGCCGUCGUCAGGUUGGAUGGGUACCAAGAUUCGAUCUCUUGGGGCUGCGGCGGAGGUGAAAUAUUGGGCCGAGGCGUUACAGCGACUGUGA